AUGAAGCUCAUAGUCGCCGGAUCCACGGGUUUUGUCGCCGGCGAGGUCAUUCGCCAAGCCCUAUCGAACCCCGCCAUCACAUCUGUCGUGGCCCUUGGCCGCCGCGAGGCCGUUGUUCCGGACACAGGCGACGCCUCGAAGCUCAAAUCUGUCAUUUGCAAUGACUUUGAGAACUACCCCGAUGACGUAAAGCAGGACCUGGAAGGAGCGGAUGCUUGCAUUUGGACCAUCGCCGUGACGCCCUCCAAAUCCAAGUUGGUGCCAUGGGAGACGACAGUCAAGGUAUCCCGCGACUACGCACUACGGGCCGUCGAGCAGAUGUCGUCUCUGUCGGGCAAGAAGCCGUUCCGCUUCGUCUACCUCAGCGGCGUCAACGCGCAGCGCGACCAGGCCAAGAAGCCAUGGCUUCUCGGCGACUACACUCUCUUGCGGGGCGAGGCCGAGUCCCGAGUCCUCGAGCUCGCGGAGCAGUCCGAGGGCGCCAUCGAGCCCUGCAUCGCCAAGGCCGGCAUCGUCAAUGCACCGGGCCAUGAGCGGCCCUUCCUCAUCAAGGCGCUCUACUACCUCAUCGGCCUGCCCAAGGUCGAGAACCGCCACAUGGCGGCCGCGCUGCUGGACCAGGUGGUCAACGGGUUCGAGAAGGACACGCUCAUGAACGACGACCUGGAUCGUAUUGGGAGAAGGGUGUUGGUGUGA